GUCAGAUGUCAGGGUAGUUGAAUGAGGUUAUGAUUUCUUUUUUUUAAGUAAAAUUUUGUAAGAAUUUCUGAAUUAUUUUGAUUAUAUCGAUAUGUAGUUUUUAAGAAGAUAUCAUAUAAUCAAGUAUGUCAGGUAUAGGUGUCAGGGAGGAACAUACUGAACCGUCACCAUCUAAAAGCCGUCGAAAAGAUUCCUAUAUGGCUUCAGGAGACAAUAAUAGCUACAACGAAUCCUGCCAGAUUAUGGUCGAUAAUUCUAACAAUAUUCUUAAGGUUUUAAAGAAUUUGUAUUCGGAAAAAGAUAUGUGUGAUGUAUUCCUAAUGGUCGGAUAUAAGGAAUACGGUGCUCACAAGAUUAUAUUAUGUGCAUCAAGUGAUGUAUUUAAGGUCAUGUUAAUGAGACCAGAAUGGUCAGAAUGGCACGAAAGUAGAGUAGAAUUACAAGAAAUGUCAAUAUGUGAGCCAGUCUUUUCAAUAUUCCUGGAGUACUUUUAUACUGGAAAAAUUAUGAUUACACACACUAAUGUUAUGCCAAUUUUAGCAUUAGCUGAUAAAUAUAUUGUUAAGAGUUUAACAAGAAUAUGCUUGUCGUACAUGUGCAAACAUGUUCCUCAUGCUGCUCAUCACAAUCAACUAUUUUCAUGGUUACAGUACAGUACAGCCUGCGGUCACAGUAAUGUAUUUGAAAUUUGCCAAAACUACAUAAAAUGGAACUUUGAGUCCGUAGCCAACACGCCUGAUUUCAGCAAUUUUGAUAUUAACAUGUUUACAAAAAUAUUAGAACAAAACGAUAUAGUGGUGCACAAUGAAAUGGUCCUUUACAAUUGUGUUGUACGUUGGCUUGAACUACAACAUAUUAAAUUAUUCCAACAGAGUUUCUCAUCUAAAUGCGUAAACGAAGAAUUCAAGCUAUUGAUUGAAAACAUUAUGAAGUAUAUCAGAUUUCCUAUGAUGACGCCGAGAGAACUUGCAGAUCUUCUGCUGUCUCCCGUUAUUCAACAACACAAAGAAUUUUUCGUCGAACGAAUGGCCGUUGGCAUGAAAUAUCAUUCCGGCAUUAUUUCAUUUGAUAACAUUACAGAAGAGGAGAAAUUGUUGUUUACGCCUCGCUUGUACACCUCCGACAGCUGCAGCGCUUUAUUGACAAUAGAAAAUUUUUUCAGUAUUCCCAGUUAUAACAUAAGUACGUUCGUUUUCUCGUCGUAUCUCUCGGCCGCUGAACACGAGUCUCACAAAAUUAUCGAAUGGAUGGUGGACCUGUACCCAAAAGGAGUGUGGUUCAAGAAAUUCUUACUAAUAGUGUGGCAAGGCACGCUGGAAGUUCCGGAGGAGAUUUUGCGAACUGUUCGAUUGUCUCUAACGUGCCGCGAAUUGUGCGAAUCGAAUAUGCGCGUAAAAAUAUCUGUUUUAAUAUAUGGACUACAGGGCGGAGUCGAACAUGUGAUGGAAGUUAAAGAAACUAUUCAUCAUUUUAAUAACGAGGAAAGAACUGUUAAUUUGGACAAUUUAAUUCCGUUUGAUGAAUUAAAUAGGUCUGCCGUUGCACACGAUAAAAAUGAGACAAUGUACCUCGUUGGACCUAACAGGGACACGCUAAAAAUAAAUCUAGUUAUUGCUCCCAUUAAAUAAACUUUGGGAUUUAUUUAAAAAUGGUGAUAUUUUAUUAAUAAAGUGAUGUUUGUUGUGACAAUUUUUGUAUAUGUUUAUUAAUAUAAUUCCUUUGAGGUAUUUGAGAAAAAAAAUUUAAUUAGUUGUAUUAUUU